AUGAACUUCUCCUCUGUAAUGUAUGUUCUCUUGACUAGAGCUCUCAUAGCAGGUGUGUGUGAGGCCCUGAACGUGACCGUGACCCCUGGGCCAGUUGUCAUGGUUAGGGAGGGUGAGAACCUGACCCUGUCCUGCCUCGUCUCCCAGAAGAAGAGGAGCAACAGCUUCCUCGUCCUCCGAUGGCUCUUCUCUCCUCCUCCUCCCUCUUUCGCUCCUCUCCCUCCAUCCCCCUCUCCUCCUCUUCCUGAACAGCUGAUUGUGAAGUUGACCAUGAAGAAGAUACAGAUCUAUGGGAACUACAGUUUCCGGUUCUCCCAGCCCAAGUUCCAUCUGUAUGAGGAGAGAGAGGGGAGAGAGGGAAGGACAGAGGAGGGAGAGGUGUAUGGACUGCUGGUUCUGAAUGUGACUCGAAGGGACCGAGGGUUCUACACCUGCAGGGUCCAGGAGAUACGCAGACACAGAAACAGCUGGAAGGCUUCGUCUAAUGGCACCUCUGCAGCCCAGCUCACUGUAUACAUCCCACAGGACAGGAGCGAUGAGGGAGUGUGGCGUCUAUUUGGAGAUGUCUACUUGUGUGCGGUGCUCCUCUGCUCCUUGGGACUGCUCUCCAUCUUCCUGUUCACGCUGGUCCUCACCUGCCAGUACCUGCACACACGUCAUACACUCAAAAAAGCCAGUUAUUACCUGGUCAAGUGUCCAGAGAGCUGCUCUGGAGAGACGGUGACCAGUUCAAUGAGCUCCUCCAGCCUGUCUCCUGGAAACCACAGGAAGGAGAAGAGACACAAAGCAUGCAGGAGAGACACACCCAGAGAACCAGAGGAGACACACAUACCAGAGAAAGUGCCUGUAGCUGCAGAGAGACAGAGUCCCAGGAAGCCUCUACGCUUAAAGAGCCAGCCCAGGAGGCCGGUUAGGUCGAGCGUCUAUGAGGAGGACAGCCUGACGUAUGCAGAGUUGGAGCUAGUACGACCCAGGCCUGAAACCCCCUCCUCCACCUCUCCGUCUUCUCUCUCCAUCCCUGAGCCUCUAGCCUCCAGCCCUUCCAGCUCUGACACUGUCUACGCCCAGAUCCUAUUCCGGGAGAAACCGCUGUAG